UGAACAAAAGGGAACGCGCAAGGAAGUGACGUUGGAAAGGGAAGGUACCCAAAUCCAGGACAUCCAUGCUUGAUCGAAAAACAACAAAAACGUUUUUGUGGAUUUAUUGUGGAGGGACGUGUAUCGCAUCCCACCAGUCACCAUGGCAGAGGAUACGUUGAUGUUGAACCUCUCGUCUGACUCAGCUCCAGCAUUUCACUCGAAGAGUUAUCAGAGACCAACGUCUCAGGAGAAAUGGGCUUUGAAAAAAGCACAGAAACGAAAAUACUCAGCAAUACAGAAAGGGUUACCUGAUAAACAAGGGUUCAAUGGGCCGAAGACCAAGGACCAACAGCCCCCUGAGGACAAGGACGAAGAGGAUGUACCAGCCCAUAAAAGCCCUGUCCGAAAGCCAGCACCAAAGGAUGCAGCCAAAGCCUUGUCCCCCAAGACCCCAAAACCUGCCCAGAGAUUCAAAGCCCAUCCAAAAAUGACUCCAAAAAGUAAACAUGUAGGGGAACACAAAGGAGGAGAGGACAGUGUGUUCAUAAAGACUUCGUCCCUCUUUAAAAAUAACCCAGACGUCCCAGACGUCCACAGGCCUGCUGUGACCCAGCUGAAGGAGAAAGUCUUCACCAGCGACUCAUUUGCAGAGCUGGACCUUCACCCCCACCUGGUGGCGACGCUAACCAAAGUGCUGAAUGUGACCACUAUGACCAGUGUCCAGAAAGAGACCAUUCCUGUCCUCUUGUCUGGUCAAGACGCUGUCGUGCGCUCUCAAACAGGAUCGGGUAAAACGCUUGCCUACGGGAUACCGCUUGUUCAGUCUUUACAAGCAGUGGAACCAAAAAUUAAGAGAGGGGAUGGGCCUCUUGCUGUCAUCGUGGUCCCCACCAGAGAGCUGGCCCAGCAGAGCUUUCAGAUCUUCCAGAAGCUCCUCAAGCCUUUCACGUGGAUCGUGCCUGGAGUCCUGAUGGGAGGAGAGAAGAGGAAGGCAGAGAAAGCCAGGCUGCGUAAAGGGAUUAACAUUCUGAUCACCACGCCGGGCCGACUGGUGGACCACAUCAAGAACACUCUGAGCAUAGCCUUCAGCGCUGUCCGGUGGCUCAUCCUGGACGAGGCUGACCGGAUUCUGGACCUGGGCUUUGAGAAGGACCUGACAGUGAUCCUCAAUUCCUUGAAUGCCACUGGACCUCCCAGGCAGAACGUGCUCCUGUCUGCUACUCUCACAGAUGGCUUAUCCCGGUUAGCUGGGAUCAGCAUGAAGGAGCCGGUCAGCAUCCAGGUGGGGGAGAACUGGGGGAUCAACGAGCUGACUCCGGACCCCACCACAGCCCAAGGCAAAUCGGACCGCUUUGCUGUACCCGAGAGGCUGCAGCAGCACAUGGUGGUGGUUCCCAGCAAACUAAGGCUGGUCUGCCUGGCAGCCUUCAUUCUGUCCAAGUGCAAGUUUGAGAAGGGUCACAAGAUAAUUGUGUUUGUGUCGAGUUGUGAGGCAGUGGAGUUCCUGCUGAUCCUUUUCAACGCCGUGCUCUCUGGGCCAAAAGCCAAACAGCAGCCUCUGCUCAGCUUCUUCCGUCUCCACGGCAACAUGAAGCAGGAGGAAAGGACAGAAGUUUUCCAAGAGUUCUCUCUCUGCAAGACUGGAAUUCUGCUCUGUACGGAUGUUGCAGCACGUGGACUUGACAUGCCUCAGGUGACAUGGAUUGUACAGUACAACCCUCCAACCACUCCAGCAGAGUACGUGCACCGCGUCGGGCGAACUGCCCGUAUAGGAGCUAAGGGAAGCAGCCUUCUCUUUCUCACCCCUGCUGAAAUGUCCUAUGUCACUUCCCUGGCAAAUCACAAUAUCAGCCUGUCCGAAAUGAAGAUGGAGAUGAUUCUGUCAACGCUAAUGCUGGACAACCGCUUCAAAGUCAGGGGAAAGUAUGACGGCAAGAUGUCUUCCGGGGCUCUGGAGCAGGAGGUGCGGGAUAGAGCAACUGUCCUACAGACGGAGUUUGAGAAUGCUGUCCAUAACGACGUCGACUCUGUCCAAGCAGCCAAGAGAGCCUUGCAGUCGUUCCUACGGGCGUACACUGCCUACCCGUCCAACAUGAAGCACAUCUUCCAUAUCAAAGCCCUGCACCUGGGCCACGCCGCCAAGAGCUUCGGCCUGAGGGACGCCCCACAGGGCCUGGUCACCGCCCCUGCCAAGGGCUCCAACAAAGACAAGGGACAGGCCAAGGACAAGAGGCAGAGCAGGCAACAGAUGGCACACAGACAGCAGAGUUGGGGACAGAUAUGCAGCGACAGACUGGCAGAGACAGGGAGUCUCAGACCUCUCAAGAAGUUUAGCACUGAAGAGCGGGUGGCCAGUCUCACGCGCUCUGAAUACGCCAGCGGGAUUGAUGGAGACUCCGCAGCCAAGAAGAAGAAGAAGAAGAAGAAAAGCCAAGCCAACGGAGAGGAGGACAGAGUGGAAUAGCAGUCAGGCGCUGAAAGGUUAUACCCGCUCACCCAGGACAGCUCUCACCCAGGACAGCUCUCCUAACUCCUAAACCAAUCUCUUGUCCCUAGCAGCUAUAGUCUAGACAUGUCUGUGACGGUCCCUCAUAAAUCUAAACCGAUCAAAUUAUAGUUGAAAAGCUAAUAACUCCACCUAACCCUUUUUUUUUAGAUUAGGUGGAGUAUCUGUCAUUUAAUAUUCAUUACGCCCAGUAUCUUCUCAUCUAAAAUGGUGCACCUAGAAUGGGUGAAGGGGUUCUAGGGGUUGAUUUGUGAUUGUGCUGGUUGUGUAGCUUAAGGAUGGGUGAAUUCCAUCCUUACCAUAAACGUUUAACCCUCUACCUUUGCACAAUCACUGUGUGUCUGUACAGAAUUGAUCCCAGAGCAGUGCUUGACACAACACCCCCAUGUAUGGGGCACCAGACGUUGACAUAGUGAAUAUAGUGUUAUUCUUUAGCAGUUCAGAACAGACUGACACAGUCUCAAGUUGUGUGUAUUAUUUUAUAAUGAAUUGUAUGGUGAGCCACGCACCAUGGUCUAUCACGUCGACACAAGUUAAGUAUGUCACUGUUUCAUGAAAAGAGUAUGGUUGUUCUCCAGAAUGUCAGAAUUGUAUUUUCAGCAACUGUAUCGAUAGGAAUUUUGGUAUACAUCUGUGUGGACACGACUUUAAAUUAACCUUUUCAAUUUUGAAAAUAUAUGUUUGGUGUUGAAUUUGUUUCAUAAAAUAACCCCAGAUCAUGGAAAGUGAUAAAGGUAAUGAAACAAAAUGCUAUCUUAAAUGUUUCAGAAUGUCAGAAGUCAUAUAAGCAAAGUAUACAAAACAUUAAGAACACCUGCUCUUUCCAUGACAUGAAAGGUGAAAGCUAUGAAUCAGUGUAGAUGAGGGGGAGGAGACAAGUUAAAGAAGGAUUUUUAAGCCUUUAGACAAUUGAGACAGGGAUUGUGUAUGUGAGCCAUUCAGUGGAUGAAUGGGCAAGACAAAAUAUUGAAGUGCCUUUUGAACUGGGUAUGGUGGGUGCCGGGCGCACCGGUUGGUGUCAAGAAAUGCAACGCUACUGUUUUUUUUUAAUGCUCAACCGUUUUCCAUGUGGAUCAAGAAUGCGCCACCACCCAAAGGACAUCCAGCUUACUUGACACAACUGUCAAAAGCAUCGGAGUCAACAUGGGCCAGCAUCCCUGUGGAACACCUUGUAAAGUCCAUGCCCUGAAGAAUUAAGGCUGUUCUGAGGGGAGGGGGGGGUGCAACUCUAUAUUAGGAAGGUGUUCCUCAGUGUAUAUGACCUCAAGUUCCGAUAAAACAAAAGAAAAUACCAAUUGUGAUUUAAAAAAAAAAUUUUACUUUUCAUGUGUUUUUACAUUGAUACCUUUCCCAGGUGAAUACAGUCUUACAAAUAGGCUUUUUUUAUUUAACUAAGCAAGUCAGUUAUAAGAAUAACUUCUUAUUUACAAUGACGGCAGAAUGACAAAUUUCUUUGCCUUGUCAGCUCGGGGAUUCGAUCCAGCAACCUUUCGAUUACUGGCCCAACGCUCUAACCACUAUGCUACCUGCCGCUAUGGUUGGUGAAUUGGUAUGCUAUACAGGUAUUGAUGUUUGUGGCCUUUUAUUUUCGUAUGUAUCAAAGUUCAAUUCUGUCAUUUUAGCUGAAUCUUUUGUAAUACCACACAAAUUACUGAAAUGACAGGCUAAGAAUGGACAGAGAUAGACCUAUGUGUUCAUCUUAUCAUAUUUCUCCAAUGCCUAAUCAGUGUGUCUUGUUUGUAAUGAAACUGUCCCUGUUUGCAAAUAAUAAAAUCUGAUAUGUCA